AUGGAGCUUUCUGUUCAGCUUUUGCGAAGGAUAUACUGUUGGAACGGAACGCGUGGCCAACCUUUUCCCUGGUUUGGUUACUUGUUAGUAGGACUAUAUCCGGUUGUGUGGAUCAUUCCUAGCUGCACGUUUAUAGUUACCUCUCGGGACAACGUGACCAAGCUACUAAAAGCCGUCAACGAACAGAUCGUGUUUUUUGCCAUAUUCUACAAGAUGUAUUCUUUUGCAAAAAAAUUUCAGCAGUGGGAGCAACUGUAUUACGAUAUUCAGUGUGCGUUCCUCUCCGUCGUUCAGAAUACUGAUGUACAGAUUCAAAAGAUUUUGGGACACGUCGGAAAAUCGGCCCGAUUCCUUACCAAAUACUAUGUUUCAGUUAUGUUGUUCGAUUGUGCGUUGUACGGAUUAGCUCCGAUGGUAUUCGUUGUAAUAAAGUAUGCUGUUACAGGAUCUUACAACGUUCCACUUGCGACACCACUGGAAGCAAAUUAUUUCAUUCCAGGUUAUCAAACCAACUUCUGGAUCUGGCUUCCGUUUGACUGUUUACUCAAUGUUAUUCUGCUGAUGCACGGGGUAAUGUUAUUUUCUAUAGAAUGUUUCAUAUGGAAUAUGCUUCAUGGUACAGCAUGCCUGUUUCGAAUCCUGCAAAUCGAAGCCGACCAGCUCGUGGGCAAUGAACGAAAGGGUCAAUCUUCCACAGACAUAAGAAAUUUCAUUGUCCUACAUAAUUCGGUGUUGCGGUCGGCCGGAAAAAUGGAAGAGAUCCUUCGUGGCGAAAUACUUUUUCUAUUCAUGUCAACGAUUUUUGCAUUGUGCCUGAUGAUGUCUGUGAUGUCCGUCGCAUUCAAAGAUGUUUACCUUCUUAUAACGAUGGCGUGUGUUUUCGGGUACUGCUUGUUUCAAACAUUCGCCUUCUCAAAUCUGGGAUCUGAGCUCAUUGAGGAGAGUACUGCAGUAGCGGAUGCAAUUUAUCGCAGCAAAUGGUACACUCAGGACGCGAAGAGUCAACGCAAUUUUGGCUUCAUGGUGAUGCGUGCCCAAAAGCCGGUGCAACUAACUGCAGCGAAGCUGUUCGUCGUCACUCGAUACUCAUUUACGCAGAUGAUUCGACAGACAUAUGCGGUAUUUACGAUGAUGUCUCGGUUUUUGGAUGCUAAUUGA